CACAACCGUGAUGCGAGAGAGGUGAAACGCGGAUAAAGCUUGUUCCCGCCUUUAUUUAGGUCCAGAAUCCUAUCAUCAUGGCGUCCACGUCGUGCCUCAAGGUUGUGGUCUUCGGACUGGACAUUAUUUGUACGUUGUUGUCCUUGGUGCUGAUAUCCUUUGGAAUCUACGUGGUGGUAUCCUAUGAUCUUAAUGCAGUCGGUUCAACAGCGGCCUAUGCCUACGUGGGCUUGGGAGUGUCCGCCCUGCUGAUCGUCCUUUGGGGAUAUCUGUCCGCUUGGCGCGAAAAUGUAUGCUGCACAGUCACAUUUAUUGUACUUCUUUGCCUAGUCAUCGUUGCUCAGUUCGCUGCCGUCGUUUUGUUAUUCUCCUAUGAGAAGGAUGUGGCAUCCAACCUGGCCUAUCCUCUGGAAACUACUUGGGAGGAGGAGCUAAACAGUCCAGGAGCCAUGUCCCUUUACGAAAACUGGUUCCAAUGCUGUGGCCGCGGCAGUCCCCAGGACUACAUCGUAAACGAUAGAUUGCCUCCAGACACCUGUUUCCGCAACCAUGACAAGACCAAGCCCGAAAAUCUGAUUCACACAGGUUGUCGGGUGGAGUUUGAGAACUACUGGCUGAAGUUGCUAUACAUUUUCAACAUUCUUGCUUGUGUUCUUAUUGGUGCCGAGCUUCUGUUGAGUGUAAUUUCCUGCUGCCUCUGUAAUACGAUUCGAAACGAUGCACGUCGCACCUAUUAUUCGUAGGUGCCAACACCUAUUGCUCGGCUUGUUCAAAUUGAAAAAUGGCUCGUUAUAUUUGACAAAAAGAUACGAAAACUAACUUUGGGAGGAGUCAAGAUUAUAAUACUAGGCAGUUAAAUAGACAUUUCCGAUCUGCAAGAUAUGGCAGCUAUAGGGUACAGCUGAACCUCAUAUAAUUGGUACAACAAGCCCGUGCUCAAAAAAAAGGUUACAAAAAUCCCAACUUUCUCUCUGUAAAGGAAAGUUUCGAAUUUUUAGCUUUAAAAUUGUCUUUUCGUUCAGAAACCGACGGACACUUAUGCCUUUAUGGUUGCGUUGCACACAUACAUUAUAAUACUCCCUGCAAGGGUAUUAAAAGAUAUAUGUUAUAAUAUUUAUAUUAUAUGGAUUUAACACUCACGUUGUUUUAAAUGUACACAUAAAUAUGUAUAUGAAAUAAAUAUUAAUU